GAGACGAGACCGACAGGUCGGGCGGCCAAUGAGAACGCCGCUCUCCCUGGCGGGGCGGGGCCAGCCGCCGGAGGGGGCGGGCCCGGGCUGGCGCGCAGCGCCGAGGCUCAGCGGCUCCGCGGAGAGAGCGCGUCGCGGGGAGUCGGCGCCUGGGAGACGCGGGAAGGCGCCGCCGCCGCCGCCGCCGCCGCCGCUGCCGCUGGCCAAGGUCCUGGACGCCGCAGGCCCGCCGGCCGCCCCGCCAGGUCAGGCCUCCUCUGCUGCAGCCGCCGCUGCCUCGCCUCCAGCUGGGUCCCCAUGGAAGAGAUGGAAGAAGAGUUAAAAUGCCCUGUGUGCGGCUCCUUCUACCGGGAGCCCAUCAUCCUGCCCUGCUCCCACAACCUCUGUCAGGCGUGCGCCCGCAACAUCCUGGUGCAGACCCCGGAGUCCGAGUCCCCCCAGAGCCGUCGGGCCUCGGGCUCUGGGGUCUCCGACUAUGACUAUCUGGAUCUGGACAAGAUGAGCCUGUACAGCGAGGCGGACAGCGGCUACGGCUCCUACGGAGGUUUCGCCAGCGCCCCCACCACCCCGUGCCAGAAGUCGCCCAACGGCGUCCGCGUUUUCCCCCCUGCUAUGCCGCCACCGCCCACCCACCUGUCACCGGCCCUGGCCCCGGUGCCCCGCAACUCGUGCAUCACCUGCCCCCAGUGCCACCGCAGCCUCAUCCUGGACGACCGGGGCCUCCGCGGCUUCCCCAAGAACCGCGUCCUGGAAGGGGUCAUCGACCGCUACCAACAGAGCAAAGCCGCGGCCCUCAAGUGCCAGCUCUGCGAGAAGGCGCCCAAGGAAGCCACGGUCAUGUGCGAACAGUGCGACGUCUUCUACUGCGACCCCUGCCGCCUGCGCUGCCACCCUCCGCGGGGGCCCCUGGCCAAACACCGCCUGGUGCCCCCGGCCCAGGGCCGCGUGAGCCGGCGGCUGAGCCCGCGCAAGGUCUCCACCUGCACGGACCACGAGCUGGAGAACCACAGCAUGUACUGCGUGCAGUGCAAGAUGCCCGUGUGCUACCAGUGCCUGGAGGAGGGCAAACACUCCAGCCACGAGGUCAAGGCCCUGGGGGCCAUGUGGAAACUGCACAAGAGCCAGCUCUCCCAGGCACUGAACGGAUUGUCAGACAGGGCCAAAGAAGCCAAGGAGUUCCUGGUGCAACUCCGCAGCAUGGUGCAACAGAUCCAGGAAAACAGUGUGGAGUUUGAGGCCUGCCUGGUGGCACAGUGCGAUGCUCUCAUUGAUGCCCUGAACCGCAGGAAGGCUCAGCUGCUGGCCCGGGUCAACAAGGAGCAUGAGCACAAGCUGAAGGUGGUUCGGGACCAGAUCUCUCACUGCACAGUGAAACUACGCCAGACCACGGGCCUCAUGGAGUACUGCUUGGAAGUGAUUAAGGAGAACGACCCCAGCGGCUUUCUGCAGAUUUCAGAUGCCCUCAUAAGGCGGGUUCACCUAACUGAGGGCCAGUGGGGCAAAGGCGCGCUCACCCCCAGAAUGACCACGGACUUGGACCUGAGCCUGGACAACGGCCCUCUGCUGCAGUCCAUUCAUCAGCUGGACUUCGUGCAAGUGAAAGCUUCCUCUCCAGUCCCAGCGACCCCCAUUCUCCAGCUGGAAGAAUGUUGCACCCACAACAACAGUGCUACACUAUCCUGGAAACAGCCCCCUCUGUCCACCGUGGCUGCCGACGGAUACAUUCUGGAGCUGGAUGAUGGAAGUGGUGGUCAGUUCCGGGAGGUCUAUGUCGGGAAAGAGACAAUGUGCACGGUGGACGGCCUUCACUUCAACAGCACAUACAAUGCUCGGGUUAAGGCCUUCAACAAAACGGGAGUCAGCCCCUACAGCAAGACACUGGUCCUCCAGACGUCCGAGGCAGCGGGAGCACAUGACAGUAGACCUAAGAAGGACACAGAUUCAGAAGAACAGACCCUCCCUUUUCCAGUGCCUUCGGAAAGACUGCCGCUCCGUAGAAUGAGCCCUUUCUCCUCCACCCUUAAUCUACAACCCAGCUUCCCCGGGAGAUCCUACUUUGAUUUCCGAUCCUCACCCCACCAGCUGAGCUUGCAUUCUUCUUUACAGUCUCUCAAUACACCGGGAUGCAAUUUUGAGACACAGUCUGCAUCUUACUCUCAAUUAGUUGACAUUAAGAAGCUGCUGGCAGUGGCUUGGUUUGCCUUUGACCCCGGCUCGGCACACUCCGACAUCAUCUUCUCCAAUGACAACCUGACGGUGACGUGCAGUAGCUACGAUGACCGGGUGGUGCUGGGGAAAACCGGCUUCUCGAAAGGGGUCCACUACUGGGAGCUAACGGUAGACCGCUAUGACAACCACCCCGACCCGGCAUUCGGCGUGGCUCGCAUUGACGUGAUGAAGGAUGUGAUGUUAGGAAAGGACGACAAGGCUUGGGCAAUGUAUGUGGACAAUAACCGGAGCUGGUUCAUGCACAACAACUCGCACACCAACAGAACUGAAGGAGGGAUCACAAAAGGAGCCACCAUCGGGGUCCUGCUCGACUUGAACAGAAAGACGCUAACGUUUUUCAUCAACAAUGAGCAGCAAGGCCCCAUAGCAUUUGAGAACGUGGAAGGCCUCUUCUUUCCUGCUGUCAGCCUGAACAGGAACGUGCAGGUCACGCUUCACACUGGGCUUCCGGUCCCCGACUUCUACUCCAGCAGAGCGUCCAUAGCCUGAGGCUGUGCUGCAGAGGCACUAGCUGUCCCCGAGAGGGACGGCACAGAGCCACCAGCCUCGGCGUACACAGAGUUGGUACAAGAGAGAGAAGAAGAGCUGGGUCCUCCGCCAUCUUCACCCCUACAGCUCCGCCCUUUCCCAUCAGCCUCUCUGCAUCACUAAACCCGCGCCCCCUUCCUCACCCAGAAGCGCUAACUCACAGAGGACCCGGCAGCCCAUCGCUUCCCUUCGUUUCCACUUCCACGUGUUGCUUUUCUUUAAUUUAGGUUUUUGGGUUUUUUUUUUAAUGUAGGUUGAGUUCAGUUUGUUUUUGUUUUUGUUUUUCUGAUCAUGUUUUGGUGACUUACCUACCUAACUGGCAUUGCCAAGAAAAAAAUUCUUCUGGAAACUUUCUUCUUUAGCUUUUGGUCAGACAAAGAUGUUAUAGGAGAGCAGGUAGGAAAGAGGUCAAACUUAGAGUUCACCAUCUGGUUCCUAGGGUGCUCUUGCCCUGAUUCCUGGAGGCAUGUAAGCUCUUUUUGGGAGGUAGGCAGGGGGCACUUGGCAUCCUGAAGCACAAAUACAUCAACUACACAGGUUCACAGCAGGGUAAGGACCAUUCAGAUAGGCCCUGAACAUUGGGAAGACCAGGAGACUCAAAUGAGUUGCUUCAUUUAGUUAAUGCAAAUUUUUAAUUAGGAACUAAUAUGGACCAGGCAGUGUUCAAGACACCAGAAUGCUGUGUUCUAGACGCUAGGGAAGGCUGUGGGAAAAGAUCAAUAGUCUACCUUUCCGGAACUUACAUUCUCAUAUAACAAAGCAACAAAUAACUUGCAGUUGUUCUAAGUAGCAGAAAGGAGUCAAAGAAGGUGUCCUUGCCGAAUCCUUAGAUUGAUGCUGAGCCCACACACUCUGGCCACACCAGACUUGCACCAACCCCAUGCUUUUUCCACUGCGCUAUCUUAAUUAUGGUCUCUGCUGCUACUCAUCACAGAGGCAGGCCUUCCUUGGCAGAAAUGAUCUCAGCAUUGUUUCUCAUUAAUGCUGCAAUCAUAACAAGCCUUAAAAAAAAAAAAAGGAAAAAAGGAAAUUAAAAAAAAAAAAGAA